UCAUUCAACUACUACCAAACAAUACUUAAAAUUGAUUGAAUUAGAUCAGUUAAAAAAAAGUCCAAUAUUUGAUAUAUUGGAUUUCAAUCAAAUAAACAAUAAUCAAAAUCAGAUGAGGUGAUCCAAAAAUGAUAAAUUCAUCAUUAAUGAAGGACUAAUAUCCAAAAUUUUCAAAAAUUGAGGGGCGUAAGUGUAACGUUUUGCAUAAACCAGAUUAAUAUUUUUGUAGUUGUAUACUACGGAAAUACGGUUCUCUAUGUUCUCCAGCGCGUUCUUUCACGCGCCCACUCCGACGGUUCUCUUCGGUUCCUACGGCCCAUCGCCGUCGCCACCAACGUCUUCGGCGUCUUAUUCUUCUAAGGUCAACUUCAAUAUUCGCUUACCAAUGGCUUCCACGGUCAGAAUAGUCAUCGUCGGAGACGUUCAUGAUGAUUGGAAUCUUCAAGAAGAUUCAAAGGCUCUUAAGCUGUUGCGGCCAGAUUUGGUGCUGUUUACAGGUGAUUUUGGUAAUGAAAAUGUUGAACUUGUUAGAAGCAUUGCAGCACUUAAAAUGGCUAAAGCGGCUAUCCUAGGGAACCAUGAUGCUUGGAACACACAAAACUUUUCUGAAAAGAGGAAAGAUGCUGUCCAACUCCAGCUGGAAAGUUUUGGGGAAGAACAUGUUGGUUAUCAACGUUUGGACUUCUGUUCAUUGAAGCUGAGUGUUAUUGGAGGGCGCCCCUUUUCUUGCGGGGGUGAAAGGUUCUUCAGGAAACAACUUCUGGCUAAAAGAUAUGGAGUUCAUAACAUGAAUGAGAGUGCAAAGAGAAUAUCUGAAGCCUCUUUAGGGACACCAAAGGAUCAUUCCAUUAUUCUUCUUGCUCACAAUGGACCCUCAGGUCUCGGUUCCAACCUGAAUGACAUUUGUGGAAAAGAUUGGGUGCGUGAAGGUGGAGACCAUGGUGAUCCAGAUUUAGCACUUGCUCUUUCUCAACUUAAAGGUAACACCAAAUAUUCUGUUCCCCUGGUCGUGUUUGGUCACAUGCAUAAGGAGCUGGCAUUUGGAAAUGGUCCACGUAAAAUGAUUGUGGUCGGGAAUGAUAACACCAUAUACCUAAAUGGGGCCAUCGUUCCUAGGGUCAAAAGAUUCUAUGACAAACAAGAAACUCAUAGCAGCAGCUCAACCACCAGCACCCCUACUUUGACGCCAAACUCAGAAGGUACGCUGCGGGCCUUUACUUUAGUAGAUUCGAAGGGAGGGAAAUUAGAGAAAAUCACAGAGACUUGGGUUUUAGUAAUUGGAGAUAACACCACUGUCGAGGAGGAACACAUUUUAUUUAGUAAUAAGGUACCCGCAACAUCUCAUCCUCACUUAUAAGGGAAAAUUUCAAAUUUGGCCAUGGAUUGUAGGAGAAGUAAGUUAACUUGUAGUUGUGCCAAAAGCCUGUAGUAUCAUGUAAACGGAGGUCACAUAUGUUGUAUUGCACUGAUAUUGAAAAUGACACGCAAAUUUUAAGCGAAAUGGUUUUAAAGACUUAUUA